AGUUUUAAAGUUGUAUGUGUGUCUCUAACUUACAUUACAUCCUGAAAAAUUAUAUAAUAAUAACACCAACGAGGCACUUAUAAUCGAAGAGAGUAAAGAAAAUACGCGCAGUUUUUUGUUCCUAUCAAGGUGUAAAUAUAAUUGGAACAGACGUUUUUACAAGAGUGAGGAAAGGUGGACGUACGGUUUUCCCAUCCGACGCUCGUAGUGAAACGAAACCGUCACAUGGGAAUAAUGAGUGAUAAACUAGAUACAUCUGUAUCGCCAUCUGCUGACGGCAAAGUUGUGAUUGAAUUACAAUCACCAGUAAUCAAAACAGGAGGAGAAGAUGAACCAAAGCAAGUUUUCAAAUCUGCAUAUGUUAAUCCAAACUUCAUACCCGAGAGCUCGGUGGAGUUUAACCGACACAAGUACGACAUUUCUACUUCAUUUAAAGACACAAACUGUGACGUGGGAGAAGGCGAAGACAGGGACGAUACGGAGAACGUUUUUUCUAACUGCCUAACUGCAGUGGAAGGUUUUGUUUCUUCCUUCUUCAAUAAAUACAAGAAAUGGAUCAUCAUAGCAACCAUCGCUCUGCAAUUUAUCCUUUAUAACAUUUAUUUGGGGUUUUCCAUUUACCUCACAUGGGAUAAAACUCCGACUUGGUGUGAGGGGGUAAAAUUUUUAACUUUAAUUACAAUUUUUGUUUAUUUCACGCUGUUCUACUAUUUGGUCUUCAAACGAUGGCUGCUUAGGCCUUUCAAACGCCACAUACGACCAGUCACAAAACCAGUUCUCCAACUCACAAGAAAACGGUAUUCUUCAAGAGUGAUAUGGUUAGUUGUGUGGUCAGCAGUUUUGUUGUUCCUCAUCAUCGACACCACCGACAAUAGACAUCGAAUGGUGUCAGCGACUGGGCUGAUUGUGUUAUUACUAUUUGGCUACAUAUUCUCAGCUAAAAGAGCGAAGGUAGUGUGGCGUCAUGUCCUUUGGGGAUGUCUGCUUCAAUUUAUCUUCGGUCUUGUGAUCUUAAGAUGGAGCGUAGGAAAAGAUAUUUUCGAAUGCAUUGGUAACAAGAUAAAGAUAUUUCUAGCAUUCACAGAUGAAGGUUCGGAAUUUGUUUAUGGAUAUUUAGUAACGGGCAAGAUGAAAGAUGGUGUUCCUGAUCAAUUUCCAGUUUUUGCUUUCAAGGUGCUGUCUGUGGUAUUUUUCUUCAGCUUCUGCAUUUCGUUACUUUACUACUACGGUGUGAUGCAGUGGGUGGUAAUGAAAGUCGGAUGGUUUCUUCAAGCUACGGUAGGAACAACAGCUUGUGAAUCUAUGAAUUCAGCGGGAAACAUCUUCCUGGGAAUGACUGAAGCUCCACUACUGAUCAAACCCUUCCUACCCAUAAUGACCAAAUCAGAACUUCAUGCUGUGAUGACAGGGGGCUUUGCUACCAUUGCUGGAGGGGUUUUAGCAGCUUACAUUAACUUUGGGGUCAGUGCUAAUCACCUGCUAUCAGCAUCUGUAAUGUCUGCUCCAGCAGCUCUAGCCUACUCUAAACUAUUUUAUCCAGAAGUCGAGGAAAGUCGUACUCACGCAAACGACAUCAAGAUGGAAAGGGGACACGAGAGAAAUGGAAUAGAAGCGGCAUCUAACGGGGCUUACAAUGCUGUCUCCUUGAUUGCUAGCAUCGUUGCCAAUUUGAUCGCCUUCAUCUCCUUUAUUCACUUUGUAGAUUUUAUAUUUAAUUGGUUCGGUAGUCUCUUAGGCUGGGAUUUUAUAUCUUUUGAGUGGUUGAUCGGUAAAAUAUUCACACCUUUAGCCUUAAUAAUGGGUGUAGAAUGGGACGAGUGUCAUCUAGUAGCUCGACUUGUUGGAAUUAAAACGGUGGUUAACGAAUUUGUUGCAUAUAAACAGCUGGGUGAUAUGAAACGCCAGAACUUGCUAUCGCCACGGUCAGAGUCCAUUGCUACUUAUGCCUUGUGUGGGUUUUCUAAUAUUGGAUCUAUUGGGAUCCAGCUCGGCGGCCUGAGCGCCAUGGCUCCGGAAAGAAAGUCCGAUCUCGCAUCUGUAGCCAUACGUGCCAUGAUAUCUGGCAGCAUAGCCUGUUUCAUGACUGCUUGCAUAGCAGGUUCUCUCUUGGAAGAACCUCCGAGGUCGGUCUUUUCACAUUUCAUGCUUUCGACGACAACACCUGACAAUAUUACUACAACAUUCAAUAUUACAAGCUGAAGAAGUUCAUUAAUAUCGGUGUAAAUAUUUUGCAUUUAAAAAGAAAAAAAUCCAUAAAAACAGACGUCUUGAUUUGUGUAUUUUAGCCAUGAUUUUAUUUGUGUCAGCAAAAAUAAUAAAAAAAAACGUACUUUUUAAAGGUAUAUUUAGUAA